AUGGGAUCGUAUAUUUCCCACCAACCAGAUAAUUCUAACAUAGCAAAGAUUGUUCAAGAUUUAGAAAAAACGAGAGUGAGUUUGAAAUAAUUCUAAUCAAUUUUUAACUUGCCUAACUUGAAGAUUGAAAGAGAAAUUGCGUUCGCUCAAUUGUUGGAAAGAAGAAAACUCGCCUAUAAAAUUGCCGAAGAGCGUGAAAAAUUCAAUUGGUCAGCUUGUGCUGGUGGUUUGGUUAUUGCACUUUCAGCAAUGUCAUCAUUACAUCAUAAGUAAGUAUUUAGAAGAUCUUCCUUUUCUAUAACUAUGCCUUUAUUUUCUUUUAGAAAUCUACUUCAUGUUAUUCCAAUGUUUCCUGUUGCUUCAUAUCUCGGAUACAAAGCUCAUUUUUGUUAUGGAGAUCAAUUGAAAAGAAUAAAUGAAUCUGCCAAUGCAUUCCUUGAAGAUAAUUCGGAUAAUUUGGUUCCACUUCCACCUUCAAUUGCAGAUAUCAAAAAACGAGCGAAACAAUUGAAACAAUUGGCCGAUGACGAAGUUUAUUGA